CGUAACGUAUCGAAGCGCUUCCGGUUCCGCCGCGAGCAGUUUGAAGGCGAUGGCGGGUUUGCUGUAUCCGUUGUCAGGUGGUGCGGUCGGGCUGGAUUCGUCUUUGUCGUUGCUAGAGGCGACCGUCCCGCGAGAUGCGUUGCCGGUGGAGCGGCCGCGGGCGAACGGGAAGGAGGAGGAAGAGGAAAACGACGAGAACCUGCCCAUGGUUUUUCUGUGCGGCGGUUGCAAGCGGCCCGUGGGUGACACGCUGAGCUGGGUGGCCAACGACGAGGAGACGGAGUGCAUUCUCCUCCGCAGUGCCUCCAGCAACGUCUCGGUGGACAAGGAGCAGAAGCUGUCCAAGAGGCCUGGAGAGUGCGGAUGCAUGGUUGAAACGUUUUUCUGCUCUGGCUGCUCAAUGACACUUGGCAGUAUCUACAGAUGCACCCCAAAACAUCUCGACUACAAGAGGGAUUUGUUUUGUUUCAGCGUUGGUGCGAUUGAAAGUUACAUUCUAGGAUCCUCAGAAAAGCAUGCUGUUACUGAUGAGGAACCUUUAACUCUUGAAAGUCGAGCUGCCUUGGAAGAAGCACUAAAAAGGGCAAACACCAUACUAAAUGCUCUGGAGGCAAGACUGGCUACUGUUGAAUCAAGAAUUGAUUCUCUUCACAGUAAUGCUUGAAAGACAAUUCUGUGUGUAAAAUAACUGCUGGAGAUUGAUGUAUGUGAAACUCUGGAAUCUGUGAGAAUAUUUUAAAAGUUGCACGAAGAUCUGAAAGAUGUGGGCGGCUUGUGCUGCAGUAGGACAAUGCCAGCUACUGAGUCUUUGACACAGAUGAGGAGUUCCCUUUUUGUCUUAAAAGAAUAGCCUGGGAAGAAAAAGACUUCUAAAAAAAAUGUUUCUGUAGAUUUCUUGUUUAUAUAUAAAUAUUUAAUAUUUUUUUUUACCUUGGAAAGCAAAGUUGUCCUGCGGUUUAAUAUCUACUGAACUGAGUUUGUGUCUCUUUCCUAAAUCAAUUAGGGGGAAAAGACAAAAACAAAAACAACCAACACCCCACCCCAUGACUUCUGUUGAGAGAGCAAAAUAUGUCACUUUCUUGUCCCCAUGGCUGUUAUUUGAGCUGUUUGGACACAAACAUCACUUUUUUUUUUUUUCAAGCUCAAAGCUAAAAUGAAACAACUAUAAAGAAGGCUUCAAAAGCAUCAGCUACAAUGGCUUUCUGUGCAAUAUUGAGAGUCAUGCGUGUGAGAGCCUCAAAGAGGAGAAUAGUAGUGUUCUAGUAGCAGAACACCUUUUAAUUAAAGUUAGGUGCAUAUUUGAAUAAGAAUUCUGUGCUGUUGAGGAAACUUCUGUCAAUAUUUUGUUGAUAACAUGUAGAUCUUUCUGUUAGGGUUUACUAUAUAUUUGUUUUCCAAGCAUUGUGGGUUUUUUUCCCAAUAAAUCAAAGCAAGUGA